AUGAUUCGCAGACAGCACGAGCAGCACCACCAACAACGGGAACAUCUGGCGGCUCACCACCAGUCGGCGGUCGGACACCACACCAACCACUCGGCCAGUCGUCCGAAAGACUACGUCAAACACCAAAACAGUGGCAGCGAUAGCGACGCCGACUAUCAGGAAAUGUCGGGCUUUUCGCGCUUCUGUUUCGGCCUAAUGUGGUGUUUCGCCCAAAUGGGUCUCUGGGGCGCAGUCCUGCUGUUCCUGUAUUGGGUGCUCAAGUUUGACAAGGGUUUCGCCUGGCAACAUGAUAAACGCAAAAUGUUCAACCUGCACGCUUUUCUCAUGCUCACCGGGUUCAUUUUUCUCAAUGGCCAGGCGAUGUUGAUCUAUAAGACAUUCUUGUGCUGUAAGAAGAUCUACAAUAAGAUAACGCAUUGCAUAUUCUUCCUGUUGUCCACAUCUCUCAUCACAUUUGGAGCCAUUGUUGGCAUUCAGGCCCAACACAUGUCACCCCUGGAUCUGCCCUCACCUCACUUCUACUCAAUACACUCGUGGAUCGGUUUGGCCACCAUGGGCCUUUUCGCGCUACAGAGCAAAGAUUUUUCGGGACUAAAAACCACCAAAUUCGGUCGGGAACCGGGAGUAAAACAGUCAAAUUCGGGAAUAUUCGGGAAUUAA